AUGCCAUCCUCCUGGGCCACAGCCCCUGUCCCUGCCCGCCGAGCCCCAGCCCCAGCCUCUCCCCGCUCCCUGCAGACUGUGAGGAGGGCGAGAGUGGCAGCGGCGGAACGAAGCCAAGUGUUUCACAGUUAUCUGUUGUUGGACCGAGCCGCGCUGUCCGGGGACAGAGCCGCCUCUGUGUUACUGGAGUUGCAGAAAGAGUUGCUAGACUACAGAGGAGUUGGCAUUAGUGUUCUUGAAAUGAGUCACAGAUCAUCAGAUUUUGGCAAGAUUGUUGGCAGCACAGAGAAUCUGGUGCGAGAAUUGUUAGCUGUGCCAGACAACUACAAGGUGAUUUUUGUGCAAGGAGGUGGAUGUGGCCAGUUCAGUGCUGUUCCCUUGAACCUGAUUGGCCUGAAAGCUGGAAGGUGUGCUGACUAUGUGGUAACAGGAGCAUGGUCAGCUAAGGCUGCAGAAGAAGCUAAGAAGUUUGGAACUGUUAGUAUCGUCCACCCUAAACUUGGGAGUUAUACCAAAAUUCCAGACCCAGGCACCUGGACCCUCAACCCGGACGCCUCCUAUGUGUAUUUCUGCGCAAAUGAGACCGUGCAUGGUGUAGAGUUUGAUUUCAUCCCUGAUGUCAAGGGUGCAGUCCUCGUCUGUGACAUGUCCUCCAACUUCCUGUCCAGGCCAGUGGAUGUUUCCAAGUUUGGCGUGAUUUUUGCUGGUGCUCAGAAGAAUGUUGGCUGUGCUGGGGUCACAGUGGUGAUUGUCCGCGAUGACCUGCUGGGGUUUGCCCUCAGGGAGUGCCCUUCAGUCCUGGAGUACAAAACACAGGCCUCGAGCAGCUCUCUGUACAACACGCCUCCAUGUUUCAGCAUCUAUGUCAUGGGCCUGGUCUUGGAGUGGAUUAAGAACAAUGGCGGGGCAGCAAACAUGGAGAAGCUUAGCUCCAUCAAAUCCAAGAUGAUUUACGACAUUAUCGAUAGAUCUCAAGGAUUCUACGUAUGUCCAGUGGAACCCCAGAAUAGAAGCAAGAUGAAUGUUCCAUUCCGCAUUGGUAGUGCCAAGGGAGAUGAUGCGCUAGAGAAAAGAUUCCUCGAUAAAGCACUUGAACUCAAUAUGAUCUCCUUGAAAGGGCAUAGGUCAGUGGGAGGCAUCCGGGUCUCUCUGUACAACGCCGUCACCGUUGAAGAUGUUAAGAAGCUCGCUGCCUUCAUGGAAAAUUUUUUGGAAAUGCAUCAACUGUGAACACAUCCUAACUAGUUUGUACUCUGCCUUUGAUCCAUGAUGAUUAGAG